AUGUCGGUCAACACCUCGGAGUCCCGCCAAUAUGUACCACUUACCUGCCAUGGGCACUCGCGACCGGUGCCUCACAUUAGUUUUUCGUCCAUGACAAAAGACGACGACUACUACAUGAUUUCUGCCUGCAAAGAUGGAAACCCUAUGCUGCGUGAUGGCAAGACUGGUGACUGGAUAGGGACGUUUAUUGGCCACAAGGGUGCCGUUUGGCAAGCAAAGCUAAGCCACGAUGCCUCCACGGCGGCUACCGGCUCAGGUGAUUACACAGCGAAGGUUUGGGACACGCACACCGGGGAGUUGCUGUAUGAUAUCAUACACAAUGGCAUUGUACGUUCCAUUGCCUUCGCUCCCCAUAAUGCCGACUUGAUAGCUACCGGCGGAUUAAAAAAAGAGCUUCGUAUCUUCGAUUUAGCAAAGGAGCGGCCUCACCCCAGCUCGCCGUCCAACACGCCAAUAGAGACUGUCACUCUGGACGCUUCGUCUGCUUUUGAAAUCGGUGCUGGCGUGCACAAAGACUCCAUCAAAUUCAUUGUAUGGACAAAUGUUCCUACGACCCUGGUGACGGCAUCUGGGAACACCUUGCGUUGGUUUGAUAUUCCCACUGUAAGCUGUUUCCACGAGGAGACCUUGGACGGCGAGAUUAAGUCAUGCGAAGUCGUUGCUUUGGCCCCUGGCUAUAGUGACCAUAAAGACAUCGGUGGGGGCAAUCCGGUGCUUGCUGUCGCUGCCGGAAAGACGGUAUAUUUCUGGGAAGGGGACCAGUUUGACAAACAAACCAAAUCGUUUGAGUUAUCGCACGGCGUGGCCAGCGUCGGCCUUGAUCUCAAAGGGCGAAAAUUUGCUGUUGGCGAGGAACCGGGCACAUGGGUCCGAGUAUAUUCCUGGGACGAUGGCAGCGAAAUUGACGUUUUGAAGGGCCACCACGGCCCGGUCUGGUCAAUCGCAUUCUCGCCGGAUGGGAGACUGUAUGCGACUGGCUCUGAAGAUGGAACCAUAAAGAUGUGGAAGAAUUGUGAAGGAUUUUAUGGGCUUUGGAAAGGCAAUGCAGGCAGCGCACCCGAUCGGUUAACUGAAUAG